AGGAAAGGGCGGGCCUGGCGCCGCGCCCACGCUCGCUGCUGCUGCCUGGGACUCAGGACCCGGCCGCGCGGGAGCGGCGCCGCGCCGGGCCACCAUGAUCGCGCGCUCAAGCCGGUGAGCGCCCAGGGGAUGGACUGCGGCUCCGUGGCGGGCAGCAGGCCGAAGCGCUCGCCCGGCCGCCGGCGGCUCCUGCUCUUCCUGCCCGCCCGCCGCUGCGGAAGCCCGGCCGGCCGCGGGGUCCCGGCCCUGGCCGCGCCGCCCGGGGGGCUGGGGGCGCUGCGUUCCCGCGCCCCGGGGGCCCGCGCCUCUCCGCUGCUCCUGCUCCUGCUCGUGCCCGCCCCGCGCCUGGCCGCCGCCGCCCCGCGCCGGCCGCUCGCGGACUGGGAGCGCUCGUGCGCCGCGCCCUGCGCUUCCCCGGCCCGGCGCGGCGGCGCGGGGAGCUGCCCAUCGAGCCUCGGGCCGCGCGUCCCCGGGGCCGCCAGUGCCCUCCGCCUGCGCCGCGGCCCGGCGGCCGGCCUCGCUGCCUUCCGGAGAGAGCUGAGCGUCUCCGCAGGGCGCGGGCAGCUGGACCACAAGAGGGCAGAUUUCGCCUCUUCCGGGAGUAGGAAGCUCUACUUUGACACCCACGCCUUAGUGUGCCUCCUCGAAGAAAAUGGGUUUACUACUCAGCAAGCGGAAAUCAUUGUGUCUGCACUGGUCAAGAUCGUGGAAGCCAACAUGAGUAUCGUCUACAAAGAUAUGGUCACCAAGAUGCAGCAGGAGAUCACUCUUCAGCAAAUAAUGUCUCAGAUCGCUAAUGUGAAGAAAGAUAUGAUUAUUUUGGAGAAGAGUGAAUUUUCAGCCCUCCGAGCAGAAAAUGAGAAAAUAAAACUUGAACUGCAUCGGUUAAAACAACAAAUGAUGGAUGAAGUGGUCAAAGUCCGAACAGAUACCAAAUUAGACUUCAAUCUGGAAAAGAGCAGAGUAAAAGAAUUGUAUUCAUUGAACGAAAGGAAGCUGCUAGAAAUGAGGACAGAAAUGGUGGCAUUGCAUGCCCAGCAAGACCGGGCCGUCACCCAGACAGACAGGAAGAUAGACACUGAGGUUGCUGGCCUUAAAACCAUGCUCGAGUCGCACAAGCUCGAUAAUAUUAAAUAUUUAGCAGGCUCUGUAUUCACGUGCCUGACAGUAGCUCUGGGAUUUUAUCGCCUGUGGAUAUAAUAAAGCGUGUAUUUAAGGAAGUCUCUAUUGUUUGGCCUUAAGAAUUCCACAUUGUUGUGCUUUUUUUUUUUCUCAUUUCAAAUUUUAACCUUGAUUUUGAUAAAUGCAUGUUAUUUAUUUUAUGCAAAUUAUGGACAUAGAACCAGAGCAAAGAAGUCAGGAAUGUCAUAACGGCUCCUCCAUCUUUUCUGUUGGGUUGACUUUGUAACGCUGAGUGGUGGUGGGCAAAGCCGGGAGACCACUCAGCUGGACCAGUGAACUUGCUCUCACCUGUGGGGCGUACCAAGAGUAAAUAUUUGUAUAAUUCUCGACACUUUCAAAUCUUUUGUCACACAGGAUUUGGGGUCUCCAUUAAAAGGCACAAUGUCUUUACUAAGAAUCAUUGACAGCAAAGCAAGAAUACCAAAUCCUCUUUAUCUAGUGACCCAGUCCAUAACGUCAGCCAGCCCGUGUUAGAGUACACUCAUGCGCCGACAGACCGCAUAUACGACAGCGGCCCCAUAAGAUUGGUGCCAUAUAGCCUAGGUGUGUAGUAGAUUAUACCAUGUAGGCUUGUUUAAGUGCACGCUAUGAUUGUCGCACAGCGAGGAAAUCCCCUAACAACGCAUUUCUCAGACGGUGUCCCGUUAAGUUAAGCGAUGCAUGACUGUAUUGUUUUGACCGGAGUUGAUUGAUAUGUUAAUGACACAGCUGUACUUUACACCCAAAGGAGACUUUUUUCUUUUAAUUUCCAUUAUCUUAGUAAGUUCUCGUUAUGGUUAUUUGUAUGUGCCCUCAAGCUAGAAAAUCUUGUUGCCUAAUGAAGUGUUGUAAUUGUGAUGGGAACUCUCUCUCACCUCUUAGAUGCUGGAUUUCCCUCCCUGCCUCUUGCUUCAUCCCUGUUCCUCUCCCUUGUGGUCUGAGAGCUCUAAUAAUGCUCCACGUGUGGCAUUAUUUGCCUAGAAACUUGCUAACUCUUGGCGUGGAGCUCUUCGCCAGUCUGGGGACAGGGUCUGCUUCCUUCUGGUCUUCACCUGCUUUUUAUACAAGGGAGGCACUCAGUUUCCCCUCUCUAGUGAUAUCUAGAUAUCUAGGUAGUGUGCAAGGUUUUUGGAAAUGAAAGUUGGGUCUUUAAUGAAACUUGUGUCUUUGCCCCUUACAGGCUCAGGUCAUAGGCUUAGAGAACUGUCAUGCCAGGUUAUCGUCCUAAUAAUCUAAGUUGGCUUCUUUGGUUGUUAAAGGCAUUCUCAUACCUACCUUACCUCUAUAUUUAAAACAAGUAAAUUCCUGGGCACAACUGGGGUUAUUUUGGGGAAGCACAUUUGUACCUUAUUUGAAUAACUGGCACCUGGAAGAAAAUAAGCAGUGAUGACAUUGGUGGCCCUUUUCAGUCUUUCUCUGCAUGCGCACAUGUGCACAUAAUCUGGUACAGUGGAGAAACCACAUAGAGACUUCUUGAUCAAACUGGUAGAAUAAUUUACCCACUGUCCGUGUUCCAACCAAGGGUAAAUCCAAUAAGGAAUCUCCAAGAGGAGAAAGUACCAUAUGCAAUUAAGUUGCAAAGCAAAGUGAAGUGAACUUACUUCCUGAUAAAAUAUUUUUUAAAUAACAUUCAGCGGGGUGACAUUCUUUCCUCUGCCGAAAGUAUGCCAAAUGACAUUCUUCCUGGUGAUUGUGGGCUGCACCAGGCUGUCACUUAAUUUGGGCCCUUGCUUUUGCUGUAGAGUUCUUCCCAGUACAGAAUAGCCUUUUUUCUUUUUUAGCCUUGGGAACAAUGAACUCUCCUUUUGAUGGUGUGGAUUGCACACAUGUAUGGAGGAUGGGCGGGCUCAGGACUGUGUUCCCUUUAUUUAGUCAAAUGUAUUCUAUUUGAGAAGCAUAUGAGCUAAAAAUACAAGUGCACCUUCCCCCUGCUGGCCCAGCCGCCUGAACAGUGUGAGCGUGCUGUGACCAGACAGGAUGACAGCGUCCUGGCUUAGAAGGACUCCCGUCACUUUAGGAAAUGAGGCAUUAGCACUCAGAAGGGAGAGGUGCCUGGCAGAAUUUCAGAUAGCCUAUGUCUGGCACAAGGGAAGUGAACCAUAGCUAGACCCUGAAGACGUGCCCCCCUAGACACAGGCGCCAAAGCAGAUGUCAGAUACACAGCCUCUCUGUGUUUCUUUCUCACACACUAAUCUCUCCAUUCUUCGAGGGCCCCUCUGCAUUCCUUUCCUCUCCCUUCCGCUGCCCUCAAGAGCCUAAACUCUAAUUCCAGUCCUUUCCUUCUCCAUAAAUAAGCAAAACUUGUUGGCAUGUAUGGUUCUUCACAGGAAAUGGAUUUUGAUUUGUGUGCUUGCCUCCCUCCUUCAGCUGGAUUUCUAGUUUAGUAUCUAACAAGACUCAAUCGGAAUGGAUUCAUUUUUUCCCUUAAGUGUGCCAAGUGCCUCUGUUGAGAAGUCACAAGCUCAAGAAGAAAGGCUUGACUCAAACCAGACAUCUUGCUUGAAUUUGUCUCUGAAACACUUGAAAAAGAAAACCCUGAGCCUCAGCGAGCACGUCCCUGCCUGGGUCGUCGGCUCGGCUUCUGCUUGCCCCCUUGUAGCUGUACUUAGUGACAUGAACUUCCCUCUUAUGUCCUAGUCUCCUCCCUUCCAGCCUCUGUGCCUGUUAAGCAACCGGGCCAGCCCCGGCAAGCGUCUCUGUUCCUCUCCCCUGCUCUCCUGUGUUGAUGUGGUUGGCGUCAUUUCUGAGUAAAUACCGUAUAGACGGUACUGCAGGACUCACUCAAGGUCUGCAAACCCUUGGCUUUAACAUACAUUUGUUAAAUUUGUUGUGGCUUUUCUGACCCGAAAGCAAAAAACAUGUUAACCAGACAUAAUUUAUUCUUUAUGUAUAUAAAAUGUUUGAGAUAGCCUUUUAUUGGAAUUUUAUUUGGAAAAUAUGUAUCUUUCUACAGAUUUACACUUUUAUGUUCCUCUGAUAAUAAACCAAGUCAUUUCUUAACCCUUUUAUUACUUAAGCAAAUAUUCAAUGACAUGUUUUUUAUGAUAGAGUAGGUAUCAUAUUUUUGUCUAAAAUAAAAGUACUUAAUUCUAUUUGACUAAUACACUUUUCUAAUCAUUCCAAUGGAACAUGAAAAAUUAGAACAACUGCGUACACUGUAUUUCAACUGUUACUCCCUCCAUUUGUAUGUGAUAACACUGGUGUAUUAUAAGAAAAUCUAAUACUUAAAAAUUUGGAUUUACACAGAAGAUACAUUUGAAUGUAAUUAUUUGAUUUACGAAAUAAAUUUUUAUAAUCCAAAACAA